UCUGGAUCAGAAAAAAUAAGCUGCUUCCGAGUUGCGAAGUCUCUAAAAAGUUUUUUUUUGUGGGUUUAAGUACUUUUUCCCCCUCACUACCGUUUAUUUAAAGGCUGCUUCCUGCACUACUGUGAUUAUGUUGAAGUGGAUUCGACUCUAAACAGUAAAUGGAUUUCCAAAGGCUGCUACUCCAGGUAGGGAAGGCUCUGAGGAGGGAUGAGGUGAGAGCCAUGGUGUUUCUUUGCACUGACCACCUGAACCGGAACCUGACCUCGGUGGAUUCGUCCAAUGAUCUCUUCUCUUGUCUGGUGGAUGAAGGCCUCCUGUCACAGGAGAGUCCAGACCUGCUGGUGGAACUGCUCACCACCAUCCAGAGGACACGCCUUCUCCGUGAACUUAGGCUCACUGAGCGAGCAUCUAUGACUGCAGAUCUUAUCUCUCCUUACAGGAAGCUUCUCUACAACCUGUCUGAGUCUCUAACUGAGGAGGACCUGAGAAACAUCAAGUUCUUAUUAAAAGACGACCUCCCACGUAGGAAACUGGAGGAGAAUGUUACAACACUGGAAGUCUUCAUGGAGAUGGAGCACCAGGACCUCCUUGGUGACACAAAUCUAGACUUACUGCAGCGCAUAAUUGAGUCGGUCUGUCCCAUGUUGAAGGAAAAGAUCAUCUGCUGUAAAGAACAGCAGGCAAUUUACAUCAGCUCUACAGUCCAACAGAUGAGGCGCCCAAGAUCAAUGUCAUGUCCUUCAGAUCAAACCCAGGAUAAGAUCCCAAAAAUGUUAGUUUGUGGAAGGAGUGCAUCAAAUGAAAUGUCAGAGCUGCCGCCCUUGUCCAAGAUGGCUCUGAAUUCCUCCAACACCUCUGUGGACUUCACUAGUAGAUUCAAUUCUGGAGACUCUGGAGUCUUUUCACAUGAACUCAGUGACUUAAGCAGCUGCGCCUCUUCCAAAGACGAGAGUGAUACUUUUGGAGUGUCUCCAGAAGACAGGACCUCGAAAGACCAAACCUUCACAAAAGUACAGUUGGAAGCCGUAGUCACAAUGAGUGAGGGUUUGGGGACGUAUCCCAUGACUGGAGUAAAAAGAGGCAUCUGCUUGAUAAUAAACAACUACGACUUCUCCAACUCUAUAGAAAGUCUGAAGAUGCGUGAGGGCACGAAGUAUGACUUAAGUUCCCUGGGGGUGGUGUUUGAGUGGCUGGGGUUUGACAUAGAAGUACACAACAACUGCACCAGAGAGCAGAUGCUGACGGUGGUGAGGCAGCUCAGCAGCAGAGACCACAGUCAGAUGGACUGUGUGGUCUGCUGCAUCCUCAGUCAUGGCCUGGAGGGCGGCGUUUACGGCGUGGACGGCCGUCCGGUCAAACUCAUGGAACUAACAGAGCCUUUUAAUGGAUCUCGGUGCCCUUCUUUGGUAGAAAAACCAAAGCUGUUUUUCAUCCAGGCUUGCCAGGGCACCAUUGAGCAGAAAGCUGUUGUCAUCCAGACCGAUGGUCCUGAACCCACGAUGGUUUGUUGCGAUGCUGUCCAGAUCAGAGAGUCGAUUCCGUGUGAUGCAGAUUUCCUGCAGGCAUUGGCCACAGUUCCAUCUUUCGUCUCUUAUAGGGAGAGGACACAUGGCACAUGGUUUAUUCAGACACUGUGUCAAAACCUUGUCCAGAUGGUUCCCAGGGGGUACGACCUUGUUUCAAUCCUGACCAAAGUGAAUGCAGACGUCAGUCAAAGGACCGAUUCCAAGGGCGAAAAGAAGCAGAUGCCUCAACCAGCUUUCUCACUCAGGAAGAAAGUCAUCUUUCCGAUCCCUACAGCCCGUCCUCCCAGCCUGCUGCACUGACGACACCAAAAAAUAGGAUGUAAUUUACUGAAUGUGUGUGAAUAGAAAUGGAGAAUUUUAUGUCAGACAUAUCAUGAUUUUAAACGAUUUUUAUGUCUGUCCUUCACGUCCAAUUGAUCGACGAGUAACUGUGAAUAAUGCAACAUUCUUUUCACAUUUGGAUCAUUUUUCAAUCAAUCAAUCAUUCAAUUUUUAUUUGUAAAACACUUUACAACAACCAAAGCUGACCAAAGUGCUGUACAACAGAAGAAUAAAGAUAAAAGCAUCACAAAUAUCAAUAACAACAAUACAGUGCAUUCUCCUAUUAAAACAAAGUACCACAGCACUAAAAGGCCAUUCUGAACAGAUAGGUUUUAAGUUUUGCUCUAAAAGUGGGCCAGUCUGUGAUACUACGUAACUCAAGGGGAAGAGAGUUCCAUAGAGUUGGAGUAGCCACAGCAAAGGCACAGUCACCCCACUGUUUGCACCUGGACCAUGGGACGUCCAGGAGAUGUUGCCCCACAGAAGGCAGGGCUCUGCUGGUGUAAUGACAGAGUCUCACAGAGAUACGCAGGUACAAGACCAUGAAUGGAACUGCAAACAAAACAGGAGUUGAAUCCAGAACUGCACCAGGAGCCAAUGGAGGGAGUAUAGAACAGAUGUGGUGUCAUGUUUACGUGUGUUUGUGCGGAGACUGGGAGCAGCAUUCUGUACGAGUUUUUGUUUUUAUUUUCCAAGUACUGUAUUUUUAGAUUACAUUCAAUAAUGUAUUGAUACUUUUUAAACUAUCCUAUUGAGUAACUAAAAAGAAAACUUGAAAAACUAUCUCCAUUGUAUUUUUGUGAAUAUAUUGUUAAAACUGAGAUUUCUUCUGUCUGGCCUGUAUGUCAGUUGAAAAUAAAUGUCAACCUAAUAAUUUACUUAAUAAUUUACAUGUGCAAAUGAAGUCAUACUUUGUUUUUAUGUAUAUGUAUAGGUUUUUGUUUUUUGUUUUGUUUUCGUAUAAUCUGUUUCAUGUGUAAGGACUACGUAGGAUUACUUUGUUUUAUUGCAUAUUCGAAAUAAAACAAACUAA